AUGGCGUCGGCUCUGGUUCCCAGAUUAGUAUUUUCCAUCGAUCGGAUUCUGGGUUCGGAGCUGGAAAGACCGGGAAACUGUCGGAAGCUCCACAGACCGUGGGCAGAGGUUGGAGCAGAGAAAGAGAACAAAGGAAACAGCCUCGGCUCCAAACAUCAACACUGUUACACACAACAACAACAACAACAACAACACAUGAACCCUCACAGGUCGACAUCCAACUGGUACGUCGGACGCAGACCACGCACUGCCUUCACCAGCAGCCAGGUGAAUGUCCUGGAGACAGUGUUUCAGGUGAACUGUUACCCAGGCAUCCAGCUGAGGGAGCAGCUGGCAGUGAGACUCAACCUGGAGGAGGACCGAAUACAGAUCUGGUUUCAGAACCGACGAGCCAAAAUGAGGCGUUCACUCAGAGAAACCCGUCUGCGGCUGGUCCAGACGGCCGUGGCCGACCUCGGGGUCGGCCACGGCCGAGAGGGCGAGGGUGAGGGAGAGGGUGACCUGGAGCGACUCGCCUCUCAUCUCUGA